CAUGUUGCUUUUUCAACGUGCAAGGAAUAGGACAAGCUGGUGAACGGUGCGAUCUACAAAACUCUCAUCUUUCUCCAUUGAAGGAAUCAUAGGUUCUGCGAGGAAGAAAAUGGCUGAUCGAUUUUUUCCCAAUGUAAUGCCUGACUUUGUGAAGGAAGAAGAAGCAGCAACCUCAACCCAACAACCACGAGAAGAAGGGACUACUGAUGGAGAUUCUCUUAUGAAUCUUCUCUCUAUGCCUUACCCUACUCUCUCCCAGCGAUUUCAACGCGCUGCCUUGGAUCUUAAAGAAACUAUAGUGGUGGAGACGUGGGGGUUGAGUGGACAGAGCGUGCAAGACUUCACUCUCUAUAGCGGCAGUCUUGGCACCGCCUUCGUUCUCUUUAAAAGCUAUAAAGUUAGCAACAAUAAAAAUGAUCUCUUCCUGUGCUUGCAAAUUGUUAAGGCCUGCGACUCUGCUUCUCUUGCUUCUAGGGAUGUCACUUUCAUAUGCGGACGAGCCGGUGUUUCUGCUCUUGGGGCUGUUGCAGCAAAGCAUGCUAAUGAUGAAGCAUUGCAAAAUUACUAUCUCAAUCAAUUUGGAGAGGUUAAGCUGUCAAAAAAUCACCCUGACGAGUUAUUAUAUGGAAGAAGCGGCUACUUGUGGGCUUGUGUGUUCUUAAACAAACAUAUUGGCGAGGGCACUAUUCCUCACAAAACUAUACGUGCAGUUGCAAAUGAAAUUAUUAAGAAUGGACGGUCAUUGGCCAAGAAAGGAGGGCCCCCAUUAAUGUAUGAAUGGUAUGGCGAGAGAUAUUGGGGUGCUGCUCAUGGAUUAGCAGGCAUUAUGCAUGUUUUGAUGGAUUUAGAACUGAAACCGGAUGAGGUUGAGGAUGUCAAGGGUACUCUUAUAUACAUGAUCAAGAAUCGCUUUCCCAGUGGAAACUACCCUGCCAGCGAAGAAGAUCUCAAGAGGGAUGUUCUUGUGCAUUGGUGCCAUGGAGCCCCCGGAAUUGCCCUCACACUUGUCAAGGCAGCCAAGGUUUUUGGUGAUAAAGAAUUUCUGCAAGCAGCUGUAGAUGCAGCAGAGGUAGUGUGGAACCGUGGGCUGCUCAAGCGAAUUGGCAUUUGCCAUGGCAUCAGUGGUAACGCAUUUGUGUUCCUCUCAUUGUACCAAAUGACUGGAAACAUAGAGUACUUAUACAGGGCCAAAGCAUUUGCCAGCUUUCUACUUGACAGAGGUCACAAACUUAUAUCUGCUGGAGAGAUGCAUGGAGGCGAUAGCCCAUACUCACUUUUUGAAGGGAAUGGUGGUAUGGCAUAUCUUUUCCUAGAUAUGAUUGAUCCCUCCGGAGCUAGAUUCCCUGCGUAUGAACUCUGAAAUUCUGAAUUUUUGACAUGGUUUAGUGGGGUUUAAUGCUAAUAUUUCUAUUGGUGUAGUACAAUCUUUUGAGUACCAUAUCAGAAUGUAAUAUUCAUGUGAAAUAUACUUCAUAAGUUGGUUUAAGUUUGGCCAAGGUAUUGUGCUCUGUCUAGGACGAGUUUUAAAGGACAUUAUCUUCAUCAGAAAGGUAAUGUCUUGCUACCACAUUGUAGAAGCUAACUUUAAUUGCAGAUAAAAUUAAUUUACAUUACAAGUUUUUAUCACAUUA